UCUUCCUUUCGCUCCCGCCACUCAUCCGAAUGCGCGAGCAUCAGCAGGACUUUUAUUAGAGGGGGCCCGGCUAGUCAUGUCAAUUGUCUCCGCACUGACAAAAGCAAACCCAGGUCUCAACCGUGAGAUAUCGCCGGUCCUGAAAAAUGUCUACUGUUUGAAUUCAAUGAGGACUUUGGCAAGCUAAAAUUGGACCUACCGGAAUAAAAACAACGCGUAUAAGGUGGCGACACUGUCAACGUCGAAUGUCGAAGACUAUUCCAAUGUGUAUUCUACAGCAGAAUGGACGAAAUGGUGUUCUGGCGUGAUUUCAAUCAUUUUGAUCCGAAUGGGAAAUUGUGGUAGCCUAGGCUAGUCAUUUAGCGAGAGCAACCGGCGUUUGGCUCUACGUUGGCAUCUGUCUUAUCAUCUAUGCUUUGUGUCUCCAACUUUUUCUUUGUACAAAUUUGUGCUUGAAACUGUCGGUGCCAGACUAUGUUGCCCGCAAUAAGGUUUUGCCUGUCAGGGAUGUGGAGGAUCGACAGUGUUCCUCAGGCGUAUCGUCUGGCCCCGCAUUGUGGUCUGCUGUGAGGUAAAGAAAUUUUGCCUACCUGAUGUCCCCCCCGGAGGAUAUUCGCACGUAUUGGAAAUCGCAUUUGAUAUGUUGUUUCUUCUACCAAUAAUUGCUGCUAUGAACUGACGAUCUUGGACAGAGACUCUAAACUUCCCAUCACAAGCACCGGCCAUUUGACCGAAAUAAGUGGUAUUUUUAAAUCGUUUAGGCGGUUGCCUAUUACGCACAAUAAAACAUGGCCAACAAUGACUCAAUACAGAGCGAUCCAGAUGGUCUGUCGGUGCUUGAGCAGCUGGGCCUGGACCAGAGUUCGGACCUGUCCGACUCGAAUGUCCAGCAGCGGCUUGAGGAGCAGCGAGAGCGCAUCCGCCGCGAGAUCCGCCGCGAGCUCAAGAUCAAGGAGGGCGCCGAGAACCUGCGCCGGGCCGCCACCGACAAGCGGCAGGCCCAGCAGGUGGAUAGCCAGCUGCGCUCGUCCGGACGCAAGCUGGACAGCCUGCAUGAUCAGCUGCAGGAGCUGGACGCGCACAUCGUGGUGAAGGGCCAUGAUGACAGCAAAGAUGACCCCCACUCUCCGGGGACAAUCAACCGCUCCUCGGCUAAUGAGGACCGGAUCGCGGCUCUGCAGCGGCAGCUGAACAUCGAGCUGAAAGUGAAGCAGGGGGCAGAGAACAUGAUCCCUAUCUAUGCCAACGGAGCCACCAAGGACAAGAAGAUGCUGCAAGCAGCUCAGCAGAUGCUGCAGGACAGCAAGACCAAGAUCGACAUCAUCCGCAUGCAAAUCCGCAAGGCCAUGCAGGCCACAGAGCAGACCGAGGACACACAGGGGAAGCCCGACUUGUGUGGGGUGGAGUUGCGGAUCGAGGAGCUGUGGCACCACUACCGUGUGGAGCACGCCAUGGCUGAAGGAGCCAAGAACAUCCUGCGACUGCUGGGAGCAGGCAAGGCCCAAGACAAGAAGGCCAUGUCGGAGGCCCAGUCUCGUCUGAGCGAGUCGUCCCAGCGUUUGGACCUCUUGCGGGAGGCCCUGGAGCAGCGUCUGGUGGAUCUACCGGAGGACCACCCCAAGGCCUGCCUGAUCAAGGAGGAGCUGGCCCUGGCCUCGUCCUCGGCCUUCAGCUCGCACCAGGUCGCCCCCUACGUCCACAACCAGUACAGCACCCUCAGCAGGCCCUCGCCACUCACAGGUACGCUGCAGGUGCGUCUACUGGGCUGUGUGGGGCUGCUGGAGAGUAUUCCAGGGCGCAGUAAGGGCAAUCCGGUGGCACUGCCCAACUACAACUCCGGAGACGGGCGGCCAUUCAAGCUCAGCCUCUACAGCCGCAGCAGCAGCAGCCUCAGCAUCAAGCUGCCCGGCGGCAAGAGCGACGACACAUCCAGUGAGGUGAGUGCUGUGCUGAAGCUGGAGAACUCUGUGGUCGGCCAGACGUUCUGGAAGAGUGUGGGGGAGCAAGCUUGGGACCAGACCUUCACUGUGGAGCUGGAGAGGUCUAGAGAGAUGGAGAUUGCGGUGUACUGGAAGGACUACCGUUCACUGUGCGCCCUGAAGUACCUGAAACUGGAGGAGUUCCUGGACAACCAGAGACACAGAGUCCAGCUGGAGUUGGAGCCCAAAGGCCUGCUGCUGGCCGAGGUGAUAUUCUUCAACCCAGUCAUAGAGAGAGGCCGGCGCCUGCAGAGACAGAAGAAGGUCUUUUCUAAACAACACGGUAAGGCGUUCCUGAGGGCUCAGCAGAUGAAUGUGGACAUCGCCACCUGGGUGCGGCUACUCAAGAACGCCAUCCCUACCGGCAACAGCACGUCCAGCUUCGUCCCCAACACCAACACACACAACACUGGAGAGAUCUCAAUAGAGAAACUUAGCCUCUACAGUGACUCCUCUCCAAGAACUGCUGACAUCAGGAGAGAAUCUGACACACACCAGCCGGAGCCCUUGCCGGUAAUAGAGCCGUUCUCUCCCCCGGAUCUCGCCCCCGAGCGCCGCAACAGAACGAGUUCCCAAAGCUCACAACGCAGGCAGAGCAAAGGCCCUCUUUGUCUGCAUGACUUCCGACUGGUAGCUGUGCUGGGCAGGGGGCAUUUUGGCAAGGUGCUGCUGUCCGAGUACAAAAAGAGUGGCGAACUGUACGCCAUCAAAGCACUGAAGAAGGGAGACAUAGUAGCCCGUGACGAGGUGGAGAGUCUGAUGUGUGAGAAGCGGAUCUUUGAGGCGGUGAACAGCUCCCGCCACCCGUUCCUGGUCAACCUGUUUGCGUGUUUCCAGACGCCUGAGCACGUGUGUUUCGUCAUGGAGUACACGGCCGGUGGUGACCUUAUGAUGCACAUCCACGCUGAUGUCUUCUCAGAGCCCCGUGCCAUGUUCUAUUCGGCUUGUGUGGUUCUUGGCCUGCAGUUCCUUCAUGACCAUAAGAUCGUGUACAGGGACCUCAAAUUGGAUAAUCUGCUCCUGGACACAGAGGGCUAUGUGAAAAUUGCAGACUUUGGUCUCUGCAAAGAGGGAAUGGGUUAUGGAGACAGGACCAGCACAUUCUGUGGGACUCCUGAGUUCUUGGCCCCAGAGGUCCUGACAGACACGUCGUACACCAGGGCAGUGGACUGGUGGGGGCUGGGUGUGCUCAUCUACGAGAUGCUGGUCGGGGAGUCGCCCUUCCCUGGCGAUGAUGAAGAGGAGGUGUUUGACAGCAUUGUGAAUGAUGAGGUCCGUUACCCACGAUUCCUCUCCACCGAGGCCAUUGGUAUCAUGAGAAGGCUGUUGAGACGGAACCCUGAGAGACGGUUGGGCUCAGGUGAGAAAGACGCAGAGGAUGUUAAGAAGCAGCCAUUCUUUAGGAACAUGGACUGGGAGUCUCUGCUUAAGCGCCGUCUUCCGCCGCCGUUCGUCCCGGCCAUCGGCGACCCGGAGGACGUCAGCAACUUCGACGCCGAGUUCACCACCGAGGCGCCCGCCCUGACCCCUCCCCGCGAGCGGCGCACGCUCUCGCGCAAGGACCAGGACUGCUUCAGGGACUUUGACUACGUCUCCGACCUGUGCUAGGAUCCCACUGGGGAAAGCCACCCAACAGUCAGGAGAGGGA